AUUGAUUAUUGAUAAGUGAGAGAUGUAUGUUAUUGUGAUCUAGAAAUGGAAACAUACUACGAUUCUUAGAACUACGAUUUAUAAAGAUUUACAAAUAGCGGGAAAACUGCGACACAAAAAAGUCAUAAAAGACCUGUGUUUAAAAAAAACUAUAGUACAACGACUUGUUAAAGUUUAGUAUGUAUAAACAUUUUUGAUUUAUUUUCAAACAAUGGAUGUAGAAAUCUGGAAGAUAAGUUUGUAGAUAAUGGUUAACUCUAGCAAUGUGAGUCUAGUUUUCCAUCCCGGUCCUCCGUGGAACGAGUCAAUAUUUUGGACUCCAGAUUUUAAUGACUCAGAUUUAGGUUUAUCGGAUUUCGACGGAAUUAUUGAAGCGUGGAAACAAAGUUUGAUCACUUUAAACCAGCCCAAUACAAUUAUUUUGAUAGCUUUAUAUGUGCCGGUAUUUCUGACCGCUAUAAUAGGUAAUCUGACCGUACUGUUUGUGAUUAUACCAAACCGACGGAUGUGGAGUGUUACCAAUAAUUUCUUACUUAAUCUGGCUAUAGCAGACCUGUUAGUUGCCUUCAUAUGUGUGCCAAUGACCGUUGCAGAGAAGAUCUAUAAACUAUGGAUAUAUGGAGAUGCGUUAUGUAAAUUAGUUCCAUAUCUUCAAGGUGUAGCCAUAACAGCCAGCAUAUUAACAAUAACGAGUAUGAGUUUAGAUAGAUGUCUAGCAAUACGACAUCCGGUUAAAUACAGACACAUUAGGACAACAAAAUAUGUCCGAAUUGUCGUCGUAGUUAUAUGGAUUAUUUCACUUUUAUUGGCUAUACCUAUGCUGUUUGUUAGGUCUACGGUUACAACCGAAAUAAUACCCGGUGAUUUUGUAACGUUUUGCUCAGAAAACUGGGAAAAUAAUUUGCACCGACAGAUUUAUGACAUCAUUUUAUUGGUUCUAAUCUUUGUUAUUCCAAGUUCUACGCUUCUUGUGGCAUAUUUCUUGAUGGGAAAGAAGUUAUGGGUCCCAGACAGGAAAUUAAGUGCAGAAAGGCCAAUUACUAGAAGGAGUGGACAAACAAGUAGUGAACGCGAAAGAAGUAUGCGAAAUCUGACUCUAAAUCGACGGAGAUUAGCUAAAUUAUGUAUUGCUAUAGCAGUUGUAUUUAUUAUGUGUUGGACGCCAUAUUUUAUUGUCAGUACGUAUUUAGACUUCCAGUCUGACGUAAGCAACAUUGACAUACUGAGCUACACACUUUUGAUAGGCCAUAUGCACUGUGUAACAAAUCCAAUUGUAUAUUGCUUUCUCCAUAAAACAUUCCGUCAUUACGUAUUUCGAUGUUUCUCAGGGCACGUCAAGAAGAGGGCAACAGCAGGAGUAUAUGAAGCGCCGUACAUGACUCUUAAUAGAGGAACACCCAACAAUUCAAAUAGAAAAGGUUCUAUCAAAUCAUUGAGUUCACAACGACGUGCCUCGUCCUCGACUUCAAGUACACAGGGACGAAUGGACGAUAAAGGAAAUCAAGAAAUGCCAGAAACUUUGAAGGAAAAGUUAUUAUUGAGAAACAAUUUCACUCCUCUCGACAUAGAGAAAUAUACCUUACCACGAAAACUGGAAAUUCCUUCAAUAAUUAAAGAAGAAUCGAAAGCAUACUCAAGUCAAUCGAGAUCAAGGUCUGAUUUGUUUUGAGAACAAACGUGAUCUAGAGAUCAAAAAGGGGGGUGGUGGGGUCUUUCCAUUUUUUUCUUUCACUGGUCAAAAAUAAGGUAAUAAGAACUACACAAUACGACGCGACAGAAAUUUUAUCAUUUUUGAUAUUUUGUACUAAUUUUACAACUGAUAUGUAUAGAUCAGUCUGUGAUACUGUACAAUAACAAAAAUGCAUUACUGCACCAGACGUGCAUUUCGAAAAUUAAUGGCAAACUAUAUAAACAAAUCCAUAUUUUCUAAACAUUUGAUUCCGACAUAAUGGUUAUCGUGUGAUGUAAUUUUAUCAGUGACGUCAUGGAAGGUUUUGUAUAAUAUUGUUUUAAAUUGUUCGGACUAUUUUCCCUCUUAAUUAGAAUCUAUUGCUUUCCUGAAAGAAUAAAAAGACUUGAAAUAAUUCCAUGAAGUUUCAACAUAAACACCAUGUUUUGUAACGAUUAACCUUGAUCGCCUCAUCACAGUGUCUAGGUUAAGGGGAGGAUAUGGUACCUCAUGUGUAUUAUGAUUUGCCUCAUCACAAUAUCCAGGUUAAGGGGAGGAUAUGGUACCUCAUGUGUAUUGAUUUGCCUCAUCACAAUUUCCAGGUUAAGGGGAUGAUAUGGUACCUCGUGUGUAUUGACUUGCCUCAUCACAAUAUCCAGGUUAAAGAGAGGGUAUCGUGGAUUAUAUUUGCUCAAUCAUUAUCUAGUUGAUGU